CGGGAUAUUCUCGGAACAUUAGAAACCCUUCCCACGCGGUUUCCGGCUCGGAUGGCUGCGAUUCCGGACGUUACGCUCUUCUGACUAGGGUUUAGGAUUCUUCGUCGAAGCUGUUGCCAUUACUUGGUCGCGUCUCGGGGUUUAAUCGAUGGCCCCAAAGAGUUCGGAUUCCCGACUUCCCUCCCCAGGAUCGCGACUCUUCUGACGUCUUCUUCUUCGAGAGCUCUUACUAGACUUUGAGAGACGGGACAGAUGAGGGCACCGUCGCUUCUUGUUCAAUGCUGGCUGGGGUUGAUGCCCCAUGACAAGGACAGUCAUGCUGGUGUUUCCAUAGCAUCCGAAAGGGAUUUGCAUCUUCCCUCACCGGCUGUCGAGAUUGUUCCUUCCAAGAAUGCUCACCCAUACAAGUAUGCUGGAGAAAAUGUUGACCUGCAAGGUCUCAAAAUUUUUAAGGGAAGGGUUAGCAUGGCUGACAUAAUCGGGUUUUCAAAUUCAGAGAUGCUGUCAUCCAAGUUUGAUGGAUCAUUGAAAUCUUGGGAGAGUUCAGCUGAUCUAUUAAGUGCUCUUAAGCUUGAGAUUCGUGAUGGGCAGCUGAGUUUUAGGGGAAAAAGGAUUCUUGAGCUUGGUUGCGGUUAUGGUCUAGCAGGGACUUUUGCUUGUCUGAAGGGUGCUUCCACAGUUCAUUUCCAUGAUCUGAAUGCAGAAACAAUUAGAUGCACAACCAUGCCCAAUGUCCUUGCAAAUCUUGAGCAGGCUCGGGACAAGCAGAGUCACCAACCAGAGAGUCCCUUCACUCCAUCUCGGCAGCAGUCUGCUUCUGAUGUCCAUUUUUAUGCUGGAGACUGGGAGGAGCUUUGUACUGUCCUAUCUGUGGUGAGGAUGGAUGCUAGCCUCAGCUUCUCCGAGGAUGAUUUUAUGGAUGGAUGUAGCAGUCACGAUGGAAGUAUUAUUGCUCAUGAAACUUGUUCGAGGCAGUCAAGGAAGCUCUCUGGAAGCCGUGCCUGGGAAAGGGCCAGCGACGGAGACGCUGGAGAUGGUGGCUAUGAUGUCAUUUUGAUUACUGAAAUUCCGCACUCAAUGAAUUCUCUGAGGAAGCUAUAUGACCUGAUAUCAAAGUGUCUACGGCCACCAUACGGAGUUAUGUAUUUGGCUGUGAAGAAGAACUUUGUAGGUUCGAGUGGUGGAGCACGGCAGCUAAGGGCCAUGGUGGACGAGGAGGGUGUUUAUGGUGUCCACAUGGUUACAGAAUUGGUGGAUCGGGAGAUAUGGAAAUUCUUUUUCAAGUGAGCGUGCUCGAGAAGAUAAAGAUCUUGUUCUUCAUAGUAAGGUAUCCGUUGUUUGGCACCGCCUGUCACUUAUGUACAUCGAACUGAGCGUAUUCUUCUUUUGCUUCAUCACCAAAAUAAAGGUCCAAAAGUAUGGGACCUGAGCUUGGAGUGCUGCUAUUUUGUAGAUGGUACGUAGUAUACAGGGAUUUUUUUGUCAUUCAAGUUCAGUAUUUGUAUGCAAGACUUCUUUUCUGUAUUGUCUGAUGAAAUCUACUGUCGAAUCAGUCCAACGUAACUACGCCA